CAGCAGAGUGCGCCCAGGCAGACCUCCCAGGGGCAGGGCGGCGCAGGGGAGUCUGAAGUCACCCGCCAAGGUCCCAGCAGGGAUUCCCUCGCCUGGGCAGGGGCAGCGGUGGCACUGGCUCCCCCUCCUUCGGUGGCCGCCCCGUGUAAUUUGACACUUGGAUCUCCAGGACGACCAACAACAGAAAAGCUGAGGCCGAGACAGCAGCUGGCUGUCAGCAGCCAGGAGUUCCACACGCUGAGGAAGGCGCCCAGCAGCGGGUGAGGAAAGAGGCAUCAGAGGAGGAAGGAAGAGGUGGUGGCCAGGCCGAGGACAGGCCCAGGAGGCUGCUGGGCUCGCUGGCAUCUGCGGUUGACCCCCAACCCCACACCCGAGUUCCUAGGUGGGUGGGGACUCCCGCCCGUGUCUGCUCAGCACAGCCAGGAGGAGCCCGGCAGGAGCCCGAUGUACCAUGGCAGCCGCCGACUUCGUGCAGGAGAUGCGCUCCACGGGUGAGAAGUUACUGCUCAAGCUACAGAAACUACCCCAGGCCGAGCCUGUGGAGAUAGUGGCCUUCUCGGUCAUCCUCCUUUUCACAGCUACCGUGCUGCUGUUGCUGCUGAUAGCCUGCAGCUGCUGCUGCUGCCCUGAGCGCAGAGGCAGGAAGGUCCAAGUGCGGCCCAUGACCCCGCCGUGAGGGCCAGAGACGAGGACGAGACGCUGGAGAGGAGGC